CUUUUACAUAUAUGCCAGGAAAUCGAUCAAAACGCUGAGGCGGCUUUUCAAGCCUUGAAAACAGCCAGAGUGGAUCUCUUAUUUCAGUGCCCAAGAGCAGCUUAAGCAAAGCAGACCCCAAUCGUAAACUGUGAAAACUUGAUUUCAUCAUGAGUGGCUGGGAGCUAAACAACUGGGACUCUCAUUACCAAGAUGAGUUUGAGGACCAGAACCCAUAUAAUUCCCAGGAUCAAUACGAUUACCAGGACCAGGACGAAGACCCUUAUAGCUACUUCGCCAAUAACGACUACCAAUAUAACUCGUAUGGCAAUGGAAACUACCAAGGCGGAGGUCGCAACAGAUCAUCCACAUCCCAACCCAAGGCAUCGAACUCCAAAUCGCGCGGAUCUCGUGCAGCUCGCGGAAAUAAUCCAUCUACUUCCCAGGGCACUUUACCGCAGACGGCCCAUUCCGGUUUAAUACAAGUCUCCCAUGCAUCGACAUCUUCGCAACUCUCAAGCCCAUCAAAAUCAAACGGCAAAUCCAUUGUCGUAAACAUCGUGAACAUUAAUCAUGAAUAUUAA